UUGUGAUCUAAACGCCACCACACACGCUUCUCUUACAUACCCUCAAAUGUUCUCUCUCUUUUUUUCCGUCAUCUGCGCUUGGUUCGCCUAUUUCUUACCAUGUUUCGCGACUUACAAGACCUUGACAAAGCGUCCAGUCGUCGAGGCUGACGUCGAGAGAUGGUGCAUGUAUUGGUCCGUUGUCGGUGCUCUCGUUGGCUUCGAGUAUGUGGCGGAAUGGUUCGUCAGCUGGCUGCCUUUCUACUGGGAAAUAAAAACUGUCUUUCUCCUAUUCCUGUCAUUACCCCAGAUUCAGGGCUCGACUUUCAUUUACACCAACUACCUUGAACCUUUCUUUGCCAAAAACGAGACCCAAAUUGACGAAGGAAUUACUUCUAUCCAAACCAAUACUUUCGUUUUCGUUCAGUCCAAGCUGGCUGCGAUUUGGAAUCUCCUGUGGAGCGUUAUCAACAAGACGCCUGCCAAUGGACAAGGCCAGCAACGCCAGGGACCACCACUUUCGUUCGAUGCCGCCAUGGGUUUAUUCAAGGCUUACGCUCCAUCCGUUUUGAGUGCGAUGCAACCCGCGAAUAAGGGACUCGCCCCCAACGCCGCUUCUACUCCCUCAAUGGCUCCUUCAGCUUCCAGUACCUCCAUUCCCAGGGUUUCGGCUCACUCUCGGGCGUCACCCAGUCCUAGUCCAUUUGGUGAUGCUACCCCUCCCUUACCAGAAUCUGUUGAUCACAUAUGAAGGUACCUAAAUAAUUGCCUCCUAAAACGGACAUUACCAUUUUUGCCUCUUGCGUUCUCGAGCCUUCUUUAAACCGUUAUCACCAAGAUUUCAGGAGGACUGUAUAUAUUACAGGUGGUAUCCGGUGUUUAAGACUUCAAUCAAUCAAAUAGAACCAAGUCCUUCACGUCCCCACACUAUGAC